AUGUUCAGCUUCUUCAGGAAAAGUCAAGACACUAAGAAGAGCCCGGCACAGGACAAAGAGUCUGAUGGGUUUGUCUUCCUGGGACAGACUGCGGCGGAGAGGCAGAACGGCCCAGCGUCAUAUCCCGCGUCAGAUCUGCCCUACAGUCUGCCCUACCAGAUGCCGCCGGCAAUCCCCCCGCAGCUGAACAGAGGUGAUUCUGCAGCCACCAAGUUGACCAGUCAGCUUUCAGACGGGAAUCCAGCGAUGGCAGACUUACUGAACGACAUCCCUUUCAUCCUCGCCCCUCAUGUUCUAGAAGUGCAGAAUAUCUGCCAGGAACUUCCAGAGCCUGUGCCCGUCUACAACCUGGAUGAGAGCUUUUCCCGAUUCCACUACGAUUUCACGUUGGAGAACUCAGUGCUAUGUGGUGGACUAUGA